AUGACGGUUGGCAAGAACAAGCAACUUAUGAAAGGCAUCAAAAAUGGAGCUCAGAAGAAACCUGUUAAGCCAUGGUGCCGGCCUGAUCUACUUUCUAAGAAAGACUGGUAUGAUGUGAAAGCACCUGCUAUGUUCAAUAUAAGUAAUAUUGGCAAAAUAGUAGUCACAAGGACUCAGGGAACAUAA